AUGGGCGAGAAUGUGAACAGUAGCCAUGUUGAGAAUGGUGAUGCUACAAACGGUGGUGCUACUUUCACAGAGACCAAUAGUAAUAUCCACCACAACAAUAACUAUGAGGCAAAAUUACAGAAUAACGAAGUGAUUGAAGAACAUGACUUACCCAGUGAAAUAACAUUCGAGAAGAGAUCCAUUCCAAAGUCAAGGACACAAUCGAUACAGUCGGUGCUUUCGAGUGUUUCUCUACGAAACUUUGUCCAGCAACAUCAACAGAAUAACAGUCAGCAACAGAGCCAAAAGCAAAAUAAAGCAUUUGUUCCACAUCAACCACAUCAACAAUCCAAACAUCUUAACGCUUCUUCAUACAUCCAGGCACCUGCCACUGCGGGUUCAUCCAAGAGACGUGCUUCGUUUGAAAUAGGCCAACGAUUACCUUUUAAUAAAGAUGCGGAUGUGGAGAGUGAUGGUGAAUUGGAAGUUAAUGAAGAACAAAAAAAGUUGACAGAAGAUGCACUUAGACGAUUAUCAUCAUUUUCAAAAUUUCAACCGGCAGAAGUGGAUUUCAAAAAACCAGCUACGACAGUGACAUCUUCAAUACCCAAAUCUUUGUCCGGAGCUGCGAUAUCAAAUUCAUUUAACGGAGCACCAAGUUCAUUAACGAGAAAACCUCAAAUCAAUCAAUCAUCAGCAUCUCAACUUCGAGAGGAAGCACCAAAGUAUAACCCAAUAUCUUCAUCAACAGCAUCAACUCCACCUUUCCCACAUCCGCAACAACAUCGUACAAGUUCAUUCCCAUCGGCUCAACCCAUGUCCAAAACAACCUCAACAUCAUCCAAAUUUGAUGACACAUCAUCUCUUCGAACCAUUAAUGAUCCUAAAAGACCAAUGUACAUACCAGCAGUGCUUCGACAAUCAAAUACAAAUUUAAAACCAGAAGACCUUCGAUUCAUCAAUGAACAGAAAAACUCAAACAAAUUCAAGGCAACAAAUAAGAAUUUAUUAAACAAUGCAGCAAAUUCAAUAAAGCAUCAAAAUUGGAAAUUUAACUUAGAUGGUUCUUCAAAUCAAACAACAACAAAUUCCACAAUAAGACAACCAACAAGAGCUCAUUGGAAAAAAGAUUUAAGUAGAUCAAGUUGUGCAUACUGUUCGAAAAAUUUCACUUUUUUCGAAAGAAGACAUCAUUGUCGUCGUUGUGGUGAUAUUUUUUGUAAUGAACAUGUUUCAAAUUAUUUAAAUUUAGGUCCAGAUGCAAAUUUUUGUGUUGAUUCUCCAAAUGGGGUCUUGUGUAAAGUUUGUGAUUCCUGUUUUAAAGAUUAUGAAGUUUAUUUAAAAAAGAAGUUCGGAACUGAUGUUAUUAAUGAUGUUGUCAAGAGUAAUAAUAAUAAUAAUAACAAUAAUGCAACUAAUGGUGUUGCUGUUAAUGAUUUGAAGAAGAAGGCUAGUUUAGAACAACAAAACUUGAAUGUUGGUAGUAUACCUGCAGAUUGGAGUUGGAGUUCAUUUUAG